GAGAGAGAUUCUCCUAACACAUACAGAUGCCUGUAAUGAUGUUGAAUUGUAAUUCCCAGAGUCUUUCAAGUACACCGGAAAUGGAACCCGAAAUCUGGAGCCAGUUGCCGGAAGAGCUUCUCGAACGUGUGUUGGCGUUCCUCCCUCUCAAAAACUUCUUUAAUCUCCGAUGUACUUGUAAGCGCUUUAAUUCUCUCCUCUUCUCUCCAUCUUUCAUUUCUAUUCACUCUAGUGUUUCUUCGUCUUCUCCUCUUGGAGAUCGAGCUAUAGUUCCUCCACACUUGUCGCCGUUUCUUCUACUCUCUCACCCCCAGUUUGACUACCAAUUCCCUCUUUAUGAUUCUAUCCUGGGCCGCUGGCGUAACUUAUCUCUCUCCCUCACUCUUCCUUCAUCCUACGUACCAGCCCACCUCCUCUCCAUCUCCAACGGCCUCCUCUGCUUCUCCCGCCCCAACUCAUCCUCCUUCCUUGUUUGCAAUCUCGUCUCCAGAUCAUCGAGGUUUAUCGAAUUCCCCGCCUACCCUUUCUCAUUUGAGUUUCUUUCUCUCAUUCCUUCAUCCAAUGGGAAUGGCUACAAGAUGUUUGUGCUCUCGGUUGGUUCUUCCUCGAAUACUGCUUUCGUUUACGACUCGAGGGCGAAUUCAUGGAGCCAAUUCGAGAGCUCCCGCCAGAUUCUCAACAAUAAUUCUCACCAAGAAGGGGUGCUUUUUGAUGGGCACUUGUAUUUUACUACUCCGGAGCCGUUCUCUAUCGUGGGUUUUGAAUUGGAGACGGGGAAAUGGGCAAGGCCGAUCGAUGCGGAGCUGCCGGGAGAGCUGACGUUCGUUCGAUUGGUGAAUAGCGGCGAAGGGAAGUUGUACAUGGUCGGCGGAAUCGGGGAGCAUGCGAUAUCGAGGAGUGUGAAGUUGUGGGAGUGGGGAGAAGGGAAUGGUUGGGUGGAGGUGCAGAGGCUACCGGAGAUGAUGUGCCGGAAAUUCACGUCGGUUUGCUACCAUAACUACGAGCACGUGUAUUGCUUCUGUCACGACGGGAUGGUAUGUGUUUUCUGCUACACGUGGCCGGAGAUCUUGUACUACAAGGUGUCAACGCGGAGCUGGCACUGGCUGCCUAAAUGCCCUUCCCUGGGUGAGAAGUGGAUCUGUGGCUUCAGAUGGUUUUCCUUUGUUCCUGAUCUGUACACUUCGGUCUGAUCAAUGUGUGCGCUCUGUGCAUGUGCUUGAGAUCGAGAGAAUGCGUUUACUUUCAGUUUAUAUUUUGGUUUAGGUUUAUCUAAUACAGAGUCAUGAUCAGUCAAGUUAAUUUGUUAGUAAGUUAACUUGCUUGGCAAUGGAUAGAACACCUGCUCCUCGUCUUAGAAUGGAUAGAA